AUGAACUAUCUCCGGCCCGAUAUCAAGCUAGAAAACAUUACUCCCGAGGAGGAGGAACUCAUCAUCAGCCUUCAUUCUCUUCUAGGCAAUCGUUGGUCACUCAUAGCUAAAAGACUCCCGGGCAGGACCGACAAUGAAAUCAAGAACUACUGGAAUUCUCAUCUCAGCAAAAGGGUCAAAAUAAGAAGCCGUAAACCCAAUAAAACUAUGGAAAAGAAGGACAAACAAGAGAUCAAAGUGCAUCAGCCAAAAUCCAGCAGCGGCGAAAGAUGCAAGGGAACAGCCAAUGAUAUCGAAGUUUUUUAUUUACCACCAUUGGUCCGACUUUGCGCUGAUACUAACCUAGAAUUUCUUGAGGGUUUCAACGCUGAGGCAUUUUUAGAUGCCACAUCAGUAGGAUAUGGUAACUUGAUUGACGACAUUUUCGAUGAAUACCAGAAGAUUCUUAAGGGAGAUGAAGACUACAUUGUUGAUAUUCUCUCUUGA